AUGGAUGUAGUCAAAAGGAAAUCAAAACCAAAACUCAAAAAAAGAAAUAGUGGAAAUAAAAAAAUAAAAAUCAGUUCACAUGAAGUUUCAAAUAACUAUGAUAAAAAUAAAUCAAAUUUAAGUCAAGUAUUAAAAGAAUUAUGUUAUUACAAAAAAAAUAAAAAAAAUGUAAAUUUAUUACAAGAAAUAAAAAAAAUUACUGUAAAUUUUAUAAAUGACCUUAAUGAUGAUUUAACAAAAUAUUUGAAUGAUGAAAAUAGUAAAUUUAAAGACAUAUAUUCGAAAAGUAUAAAAUUAGUAAAAAAUUGUAAAAUUUUAGGAAGCUUUAAAAAUAAUAUGUACCUAAAUAGUAAUCUAAAUAUUGAUUUGGGUAUAGAAUAUAGUCUAGAUGUCGAUUUAGGAAAAAAAGCAAAAUAUAAAAAUUUUCAUAUAUACCAUAAUAUGUAUGUUAAUUUAAUAAAAAUGCUAUUUUAUAAAAAAAAAUUUGUAAAUUAUUUAUAUAAAACACAAUUAAAAUAUAAUGUUAGUAUAUCUGUUUCUACAAAUACAUGGAUAAAUAGGUGUAAAUCUGUAAUUGUGUUAAAUGUGUUAAGCAAUAAAAAAUAUGUUGGGGAUAUUAUUGUAAUUUUAUUUCCUACAAAAGAAGUUGAAUUGAGUAUGUAUUCUGUAUAUAAAAAAUACUAUAAAAAUUAUAAAUUAGUUUCAAAUAAUAAAAUAAUAAAAGAAAAUAUAAAUGAUCAAAAUAAAUAUAUGAUACAAAAUCAAAAAUGUAUUAAUAAAGAAGAAAUUCUAAAAAAUAAAACAACUUAUAAAGAUAUCAAAAUAAAUUUCCUAAAAAAAUUUUUAAUUUCUGAAUUUUAUAUUAUUAAAUGUGAUAAAAUAAUAAGUAAUUCUGUUAAAAAAUAUGAAGGAUAUAAAGAAGCAGUUAAACUAUUGAAAUUGUGGUGUAGAAAUAAAAAGCUGUUGUUUACAUAUUCUAUAUAUAAUACUGAAAAAAAAAAAAAAAAAAAUUAUGAUAAAGAAUAUAACUUUUCAAAUUAUUCAUAUUAUACUGAUAUUAAUUCAUUUAUACUAGGCCUUCUAUGCUAUCAUGUAUGUUUUACAUUAAAUUUAAAAAAUUCAGAUUUUUUACAAAUAUUUAAAGAAACAAUUAAAUUUUUAAGUACUUUUGAUAUUUCACAAAAUUUGAUGGUAUACAAAAAUGGAAUACACACAACAUUGAAAAAAAUUAAUAAUAAUUCUGACGAAAAACAGGAAAACAUUUUUUUGAUAAAUGAAAUAUAUGAUGUAUUUCAAGAUAAUUAUUAUUCCUUUUAUGAAUUAGUUUACGAAUCAAAAAAGGCGCAUUUUUAUUUAAAUUCUAAUACUAUUAAUACAUAUGCUAAUUAUUCUGAAAUUUUUUUAUCUAGUUUAAAAUGUUUUCCUAUGAAUUUUGAGGAGCAUAUUCUAUUUCCUUUAUUUGUAUCUAAAAAUUAUGCAAACUAUAAUCAAGAAAUUAUGUAUUUAAAAAAUCUAUUAAUCGAAUCUUUAAAUGAUCGAAUUGAAUCUAUGUGUAUUCGUUUAAUUUCUUUUCCAAUUUUAGAGAUUCAAAAAAGAAAGGAAAGCAUACAAUAUAAAAUAGACCAAAUAGAUCAAACAGACAUUGAUAUGUUAGACAUAUUUCAGGAAAUAAAUAUAAGUAUUAAAAAUAGAAAAGAUAAAGAAGUUGUUGGAAAUAUAUUCGAAAGUUCGAACAUGAAAAAGGUAAUACAUGGGUUAUGUUUUUUUAUAAAUACAAAUAAUACUGCAAGUACAUUUGACAUAUCAAAUGUUUUAUAUAAUCCUGAAAAUAUUUCUAAUUUUAAACAAUUUUGGAAAAAUAAAGCAAAGAUAAAGCGAUUUGAAAACAAUACAAUAUAUGAGAUAGUGCAGUGGAAACAACCAGCAACAAAUUUGAAAAAAAAGAAAAAAGCAGAUGAAAAAGUCGAAUUAACUAAAGUAGCCAAAAAUAAAGUAUUUGACGCAAUGUUUAGUGAAUUAUAUCCAGACAAAAAAACCAAUUCUGUUCAUGUUCAAAUAAUUAAAUAUAUAUUAAAAAAAAAAAAAUAUAAAGAAUGUAAUAAUAUAAAAGAUUUAAUGACAAACAAUGUUAUAAAAUAUAUAAAAAAAAAUGAUCACUUUAUGUUUUGUAAUAAAAAAUUAAAAAAAAAAUUGUCUUUUUUUAUUUAUUUUUCAAAUCCUUUGUUAAUUAAAGAUAUCAAUUAUUUAUAUUAUGAAAAAAUACAUGAACAAUAUAAUGAAAUAAAAACGGUUUUAUAUAAAAUAAAUGAAAAGUUGUUUACUAUAUCUAACAUUAACAGUUCUAGUCAACUUUUGAAAAUGUCAGAUUUAGGUUAUAAAAUAAAUUCUACUAUAAUUGUAAUUGACAUUAUUAUUGACAUCAAAUUUAACAACCCCAUGAUAUAUAAGAAUGCAGAAAAUUUUUAUAAAAACUAUGAAAUAACAAAAGAAAUAAUAAAAAGAUAUUUUUUAGAAGAUGAAAAUAAAUUAAUUAAAAAUAUAAAAAAAAGAAAUACCUAUAUAGAUAUUUAUUUUGAUUCGACAAUAUUUCGAUUACAUAUAUUUUUUCAAAAAAUCGUAGAAAAAAAUUUAUUACAAAUAACAAAUAUAAAUGAUACGAAAAUUGAAUAUGUUGAAAAUAUAGAUAGAAUCAUAAAUUUUAUAUACAAACCUAUUAUAUCGUCAUAUAUUUUUUAUUAUUCUACUAAAUUUUAUACUUUUCACACUUCGAUUAAAAUAUGCAAAUUAUGGCUCGCUUCAAAAGGGGUUCCAGAUUUUGACGACUUUGUUGAAAAUAUUUUAUUUUAUAUUUACACUAUUGAAUACAAAAAGCAUAAUCAAAUUCAAAAUUUUUUUCGAAAAUCGAAUAUUAUUACAGGAAAUAGAGAACUAAAGGAACUAUCCUUUCAGUAUAAUAUUAAUAAAAACCAACAACUUAAAAAUGACGGAAAUAAUGACAGAAAUAAUGACGAUAUAAACGAUUCCAAUUUGAAUAAUUUCUCAUUUUCAUCUCAAAUUAUUUUAACUAAAUUUUUAAAAUUCAUUACAAGUUAUGAUUGGAUAAAUAAGCCACUUAUUAUAGAUUAUAAUAAUUCUAUAACAGAGGAACAAAAAACAAAACUGAUAAAUAUAUUUAUUACAAAAAAGAAAAAUAAUUUUAAUUUAAAUAACAAUCCAUCAAAUGGUAAAAAAAAAACUCCAAAAUAUUUCUGGAUAUCAUCUAUAUAUGAUCCGCACUCUGUUUUAAUUACAUUGCCUAAUCAUUUAUUUCAUUUUAUAUUAUCGACUGCAAAAAAUGAUUUGAUUAAUAUCAAAAACAUGUAUAACAAAUUUGAAAAAGAAAAAUGGAUAACUUUAUUUCUUAUGGAUAAAAGGCCUUGUGAUAUUAUUCUAAAAUUCAAUUCUCCAAAUAAUAUAGCGAAUAUUUUUACCAAUAAAAACAUGCCGAUUUCUUUAUCUGAAAUUAAUGAAAUAAAUACAAAUGAAGAAUCAAAGGAAUUGACAAAUUUGAAUAAAAUUGAUGAAAUAAACAAUGAUUCCAUGCUACGAAUACAAAAUGAUUAUAACAUAGAAGAUAUAAAUUGUAUUCCAGAAUUUUUGAACAAGCCUAUAGAUAUAUUACCACUAUUAAAUAAAUAUGAAUUAAUACAUAUUUAUGAAAUGCAUCUUAAUAAUUUUCUAAAAAAAUUAGAAGAAAAAUUUUCCUCUCAAAUUACAAUUUUAUAUAAUCCUUUAUGCUUUAAUGACCAACUUAAUAUUUCGAAUUUUAGGAAAAAAAUAAAAAAAAAAUUAACCAAUCUAAAUAAAUUGAAUUCUACAAAAUAUACAUCCAAAUCAUGGAUGCCAUUUAUGUUUAUUACAUUUAAUCCAAUAACAAUUCAAAAUAUAUCCUUAACAAAUUUCAUAAUUACAAACUUGAACGCCAAUAAUUUAGUCCCUGAGGAUACAUCUAAGAAUAACAUAUUAGCUCUUAACAAUUUAAAUGGAUUCAUAUUUUAUGUAAAAAAUAAUGCAAGCGAAUUGCUGCGUAGUGUGCAUUUCCCGCAACUAUGA